UAUUUACAUUCUGUUGUGCGUAUAAUCUGAUGAUUCGAAACCGAUGCGUAUCCAUUCCAAGACAUAUUCCAAGCCUUUCAUCUCCUUACCGGUAGCCAAGAAAUUCCUCUCUUUUCAGAACGUCAUUGUACGACAGAGUAGCCAGCUAAACAGCCGAGCCCUCAGCGGGCGCCUCCCGCCGGACAAGGGACCCUACAUCCAACACUACCUCAUUGAGAUCCACAACGAAGGCUCCUCCUACUCACUCCAAGCUUCUGAAAACCGCUUCGACACCCUUCCUUCGCUCAUCACCUAUUAUUCUCAGUGCUGCGAAGAGUUGCUGGCUCAGCUCAAGCUUCCUCGCACCAUCCAGGAGGCCAAGACCCGCCAUGAACUCGGCUCUCUCUCGCUGCUCGGACAAGGUAUACGUGGAAACAAUGAAGGAAGUGAUGAUAUUGCGUGGCUUGCAUCCGUUGUUGUCAUGGUUGGACACAAAACAAAGAGUAGAAGAAGAUAAUAAGGAGAAGAAAAGAAUACGUUCAAGAAGAAUUACUUGAAGAAAAAAAAAAAGGAGGAAAAUGAAUGUAAAAAAAAGUUGAAGAAAAUGAUAAGCGUUAUGUGAUGGUCAUUGUCUCUUAUUUCCGAACACUCUACUAAAGUGACUCUAAAUGAAGUUGAUUGUCUAAUUAUUAUUAAUUAUAUUAUAGAAGAAAAGGAAAACUGAACACACACACACACACACACACACACACACUGAAAUAUUCUUUUUCAAAAUAUUUCGCAAGAACACUAUCAAGACUUCCGUCAUUAUGUAACGCAUCCAUAUAUAUAUAU